UAUUAAUACAGAAUGCUGCAGUUUCCCUCUGCUAGUUGACAACGUGUGUCUACCGGAAUAGCGUGUAGAAACAUUGAAAACCAAGUUGAGAAAGAAGAGUACACGCUAGAUCGUCCUUAUGGAUUACAAUGGAAAGUGGAGAGUAGGCUUCGUGGGGGCGGGGAAGAUGGCAUUUGCAAUAGCACAUGGCAUUAUACUUACUGGUAAACUACAACCCAGCAUGAUUAUGGCGAGUGCUCCCUCUGAUAACAAUCUCGGUAGAUUUAAGGAAGCUGGUGUGGAGACCACUCACUCAAAUGCAGCUGUCGUGAAGGGCUGCCAGGUGAUCUUUCUAGCUACAAAGCCCCAUAUCCUGCCAGGAGUCCUGGAAGAGAUUUCUAGUUUGGUUACAAAAGAGCAUAUUAUCAUCUCUGUGGCAGCUGGAGUCACCAUCCAAACCCUUGAAAGGUUUUUCCCUGUAGGAACUGCAGUAGUAAGAUCCAUGCCGAGUUUGCCAUGUGUGGUUCAGGAAAGUGCCAUUGUGUUUACGCGUGGAAGCCAUGCUGGGGACAGUGUGGCAGCACUACUGAAAGACCUGCUGUCAUCAUGCGGACUGUGUGAAGAGGUUCCUGAAUCGUACAUCGAUAUACACACAGGGCUGAGUGGUAGUGGUGUAGCAUAUGUCUAUAUGUUUGCAGAAGCCAUGGCUGAAGGUGCUGUCAAAAUGGGAAUGCCUUUCACCCUGGCUAAUAAAAUAGCAGCACAGACUCUUUUGGGAGGGGCAAAGAUGAUCCUGGAGACAGGAGACCACCCUGCUAAACUAAAGAGCGAUGUCUGCACUCCUGGAGGAACUACCAUCCAUGGUCUUCAUGAACUGGAGAAGGGCAGUCUACGUGCUACUGUCAUGAAUGCUGUUGAAGCAGCUACUACUAGAGCUCGGGAACUUGGAAAAAAGUAGAAUGCCUUUGUGCCUAGAAAAGGGGACAUUUCAACAUUCCAGUUUAUUAAUACGAGUUAUUUAAAGUGACAGAAGCAUAAGUAAAUUAGAAGAAUUGACAUUAAGCAAGUAGUUGCUAUAGUUGUAAAGGUACCAUUAGUAACAACAUGCCUGUUGCUUGGAAUAUAUACAGCUCUAUACACCCAUUCUCUCAGCUUCUGUUUAGUAUACUGACUAGGAAUUAUAAUUAUGCCUUUUAUAGUGCAAACACAGUGCUGUUAAGUGACUCCCUCAGGUUCACAAAGCUGAUAUGGAGUAGUUAUGGAGUGGCUAACAGGAUACGUAUGUCUCAAGUUUAACUGCAUAAGGUAGUAAGUGCUGUCUAGACUUAACACCUUGUCUACUGUAAUUAAAAAUAUACAUUUUCUGUGCCUUGUUUCACCUUGGUUUUCUGCCAGAUUACUAUAAGCACUUUAUUGAAGAAUACAUGUGUAUAAAUAGACCUGGGGAAUUUAUAUGUAUUUCAUUUUGUUGCCCAAUAAAGUUUUUUUUAAUAGCCAGUGACCAGA